AGGGAUCCAUUUUUUCAAGAAAAACAGGUAGUCAUUUUGAAGAUUUGAUGAUAAAAAAUUUUUAUCAUUUUUCAGCUUGAAAAUCGAACCAGUGGUUCCAUCGGAAUCAUAUUUACAAGUUUUAUCUCUAUGAUUUUUUAUGCGCUCCUACCCUCCACCCCAUCCAAACGUCACUCAGGCACCUUCCACCCCAACACACAAGUCACUCACCCACCACCCCACCCACAAGUCAGCCUUCAUUCUUAGUGCUCAGGCUGGUCACAACUUUUCUUAGUUCUUCAGCUUGUUCACUUGUCAUAUUGACAGUGAUCGUGGCUAGUCCUAGGACAUAGUAUUUCCAGACGCACUUCACAUAUAAUUUAGAUUUCCGUAUUAUAUAUGUUUCUCUGGCAUUUUCGGCCGGUAAAAUGGAUUCAAGACAUACGGUGAAGGGAAAGAAGAAGUUGGUUCUUUCAGCCAGGAGAAUGAAAAGGCGGCUACCACCAGAAUUUCAUGCUAACAGACGUAGAAGGAUUGAAGAACAAACCUUAUCGCUCGAAGCGCCUUCAUCUUCCCAGGCUGACAGUGUCUCAGCAGAUGCCAUUUCUGUAUCCACUGAGAACUUUCAACCCAGUGCAACGUCAACUCCUAAAGGAAAGAAGAGAAGACCACACAACAGAAAAGUACCAGUGCAUUUGAUGAAAUGGAGAUUACAGCAAAAGAAAUCUAAAGGAGAAGAAAAAUCUGGGCCAUCAACAUCUUCUUCCACCUUAGAGUCAAAUCUAAAAAAAGCGUCCUUGAUUGCACCUCUGAUUUUGCUACAAUUGCGCCACCAUUCCCCUCAAUUGGUCUACAACCAGCUUUGAACCAUGAGAUUGAUACCACCUCAAUGCGAAAUAGUGGAGUUUCUUACGUGGAGAGUAACGUCUGUGAUACUUUACUAACAAGAUAUGAUGAGUAUCCAGAUCUAAUAGUUGAGCCGGAUGGAAGACCACCCAAAGACGAUUUUAAUAUUAUUUCUGACCGAUUUAUUGUGGACGGCAAACAUCUUGUGCAAGAAUUGAGAUCUUUGGACUACCAUAGAUACGAGUGUGAAAAAAGUGAUAAUGGUUAUAUGACACUGGUGUCUUCAACUUCAAAAUCAUCAGAAUGGACAAUGAAGUUCGUUGUAUGGACAGCUCCACGAACCAGCUGCCAUAAAUGCGUUUCAAGAAAUGGAAGAAAUUCAAGUUCAGCCUUGCGGUUUGUUUGUUGACAAAGAACAUGACUUCUUGGCGGCUUCACCUGACGGACUGGUCGGAGGUGAUAAUCUGAUUGAGGUGAAAUGUCCGAAGUCUGCUGAAAACCUCACUAUCAGCGAAGCCGUGAUCAAAGUGAAAUCAUUCUGCUUGGAAAAACUACGUUGUGGAAACGUCCGUCUCAAGAAAAACCACAAUUAUUAUUACCAGGUAAAUUCAUAGGUGAUUUUUGAUAUAUCUAACCCACAAUAACGGAAACUUUCAAAACCGUCAUGAAAUAAACGUGAGAUUAGAAAAAUAAUUUUAUUUAUGACAGAAAAAACUUAAAAACUUGCCACUUAGGGAUCAAUAUCGGGGCACCGAGCUUCGCUCUGGAGUACAAAAGCAUAUAAGCAUAAACGCAUAGUUUAUCAUAUUCAUAAGUGAUAAGUGAGUGUUAUUUUGUUAUUCAAUUUGUUUUGUAAAUAAUCUAAGUUAGAACGUUUAUGUUUUCAAAUAUUUGAACUGAAAAUUUGACCUGAAUUCAAGU